AUGUCUUCCCCGACGUUCUCAGUGAAUGAAGCUGUACUGUGCUACCACGGACCGUUGAUCUACGAGGCCAAAGUGCUCAAAGUCGAAGACUGGAACGAGAAUACGACCAAGCUGGGCACUCUCGGCCCGCACUACUUUGUACACUACAAGGGCUGGAAACAGACAUGGGACGAAUGGGUUCCUCCUAUCCGAAUGUUGAAGAUGACGGAGGGCAACCUCGCCCUCCAAAAGUCACUGCGCGAACAGCAACAAGCCCACACCCGCGACUCGUCCUCCGCCGGCCCUUCUAAAUCCGGCGGCGGCGGCUCAGCCAAACCCGGCGGCGGCGCAGGGUCCGCAUCAGCCGCCCGGCGCAAAGAAGGCACACGGGGAACGAAGCGGGCGAGGGACGACGACGACGGGGCGAGGAAGCCCGAGUUGAGGUUGAACGUGCCUGAGGUGUUGAAGGUGUUGCUGGUGGAUGAUUGGGAGGCGGUCACAAAGAAUACGCAGUUGGUGACGCUGCCGAGGGAGCCAACUGUAGGCGAGAUAUUGCAGGAGUUUAAGAGCUGGGUCGUGCAGACGCAGGCGACAUCGAAUCUACGCGAUCCGCAGGUGUUGCUGCCAACAAUCGUGAAUGGGCUACAAUUGUACUUUGACCGCGCACUGGGAAGCACCUUGUUGUACCGCUUCGAGCGCGUCCAGUACGCAGAUGUACGGAAGAAGUAUAUCACCGGUCCGACUGUAUCCGUGGGCAAGGAGAAGGAGAUGAGCGAGAUCUACGGCGCAGAACACCUGUUGCGGAUGCUAGUGAGUCUGCCGCAGAUGGUCGCCAGCUCAACCAUGGACCCAGAGAGCGUCGGCUUAUUGAGAGACUACGUGAACAAGCUCUUCGAAUUUAUGGUCGAAGAGCGCGGACGGCUGUUUCAGAAGAAGUACGAAUCUGCAUCGCUGGCAUACCAGAAUAUCUCCCGGUCUUGA